CAUACUGUAUACGCCAUUGUAACGGUUGUCCGCUAGAGAUUUUAUCCUGACUCGUCACUCCUAUUUUUCUACACUGUUAAAAUAUAGUUCCACUUUAAAAUAUAUAUUUGGAACAAUACAUGUAGUAUCAAUACAUACAACGUAGAAAUAUAUAUUUAAGUUUCAUUUUAUUUUAGUUUCGAGCAAAAUGUACUAUUUUAUUGUGAGUAACCCUGGCGAUUGCAGUGCGUUCAGCGGAUGGCUACAUUUCCUUCCGCUCUGUUGUGAGGACUAGCAACUGUUGCCUUGAGAAUAAACGCCAUAGUCACCGUAGUCUUGACGACUGUUACCCGCCAACUACAAGAAGUUUUGACGAAUGAUGGCUACGCAGACAGCUUUUGUUUCUGAUAUGCAAAUCACUCCUUCACAAGAACAACAGACGGUAACACAUCAGACGAUCAUCGCUGCACAACCGACACAGCGAACAUCACAGGGGAUUACUGGCCACCAGUUUGUUGUGACAAAUUCUACAAACGAAGUCCUAAAGGACUCUACAACAAGUACAAACACAGUUACACUUCAAACGGCUCAACCAUCGCAGCAGCAACAGCAGCAACAACAACAACAGUCUGUCUUCUCCAACCAUUUGCAGUAUGUGACCGACAACGAUAACCAGCAGACCAUCUUCGCUAAUGGCACUAUGCCUUAUCGCUACAGCGACUCCACCACGAUGUACACCCAGGCACCGCAAGUUCAAGGAACAACAUACUUCACAGCACCAGCUGGUAGUACAGCUGGUGUGGUAGUGUCCACUGGAACCGUAGGAGGGGUACAGACCAUUGGCUCAUCUAAUUCAGUUAUUGGAGGAUCUACAGUUCUAGGAAAUACAACUGGUCUCUUAGGCACGCAUAUAAUAUCUGGUUCACCGAUCAUCACAAAUCAGGGUAACACUUAUGUGGUCGCAGGUCAUAUGGAUGACCACCAUUUGUCACCGAUUAGUCACAUGACCAGAGCAUCACCAGCAACUGUACAAUGGCUUAUAGACAAUUAUGAAACAGCAGAAGGCGUGAGCCUUCCCAGAAGCACUCUGUACGCUCAUUAUUUAAGACAUUGCACUGAGCAGAAACUAGAUCCGGUCAACGCCGCGUCAUUUGGAAAGCUUAUUCGUUCUGUGUUCUUAGGUUUGAGGACUAGGCGUUUAGGUACAAGAGGAAACUCUAAAUAUCAUUACUACGGUAUUCGGAUCAAGAGUACGUCACCGCUGAAUAUGUACCAAGAUGAUGUUGGACACACAGCAAUGCGACAGCAACCUCUCAACACAGGCAAAAGAUUCAAGCCCAACAGUGUACAACCAGUUGGUGAAGGUAAGGAUGUAAUGUCCACAGACGACCAGUCGACAGUCCUCGUUGACCCACAACCCCAGACUCAAACGCAGCAGCAUCAGCAGUUCUUGGGUGAUGCGUCAUUGGCGCUGCCUUCAUUUGAUGAGAUCAAUUUUAAUGAAAAUGAACUCCCGGAAGGAAUAACGAAAGCCGAUAUUGUCAUGUUUAAGACACUUUACAGAGAACACUGCGAGGCUGUGUUAGACGUGGUUGUGAAUCUGCAGUUCUCACUGAUUGAAGCCCUUUGGCAGACCUUCUGGCGGAACCAACCAGCAGAUAGUACAGCUACCACGAACGAAGCAGAUCCAGAGAAGCGAUUGGCCAAAACAAAGUUAUUAGCCUUAUCAAAAUCGCAGCCAAUUCUCAACUACAUCAAGCAUUAUGACCAUGUACUGUACCAGGGAUUAGUAGAGGUUCUUAUUCCAGAUGUCCUCAGACCUAUUCCAAGUGCGUUGACUCAAGCCAUUAGGAAUUUUGCAAAGAGCCUGGAAACUUGGCUUAAGAACAGCAUGACUGGCAUACCCCAUGAAAUGUACACACUUAAGAAUGGUGUGGUGACCGCGUUUGCGCAGACUUUACGCCGAUAUACCUCUCUGAACCAUCUUGCCCAAGCCGCACGAGCUGUCCUGCAAAAUACCUCGCAAAUAAGUCAGAUGCUCAGUGAUCUCAACAGAGUGGACUUUGCCAAUGUUCAAGAACAAGCAUCAUGGGUGUGUCAGUGUGAAGACCAGAUGGUUCAGCGAUUAGAGCAAGAUUUCAAGACCACUCUUCAGCAGCAGAACUCCUUAGAGCAGUGGGCAGCUUGGCUAGAAGGUGUGGUCACCCAAGUACUCAAACCUCAUGAAAACUCUCCAAACUUCGCUAAGGCAGCCAGACAAUUCCUGCUCAAGUGGUCCUUUUACAGUUCGAUGGUGAUCCGUGAUCUUACCCUCAGAAGCGCUGCUAGUUUUGGCUCCUUUCACCUGAUACGUCUACUCUACGACGAGUACAUGUUCUACCUGAUUGAACAUCGAGUAGCAUCAGCAACGGGAGAAACGCCCAUUGCUGUAAUGGAUAAAGUAGACAGUAGGGGUGUGAAGAAAUAUUCCUCGUCUGUUAACCAUAUGGACGUAAACCAGGGAUCAGAUUUAAACGAGCAUACAAAUGGAGAACCAGAUGCAAAAAAGGCGAAGACAGAAAUCAACUUGUAGUUUUAAUACAUUUAGAGAACAUUUACUUAGUUUUUGUGCUCGUUUUUGACAGACAACGAUAACGACCGUUCAAAAGAAAAAAUGUAGUUGCAAGUGUCAGUACGCCAAGACGAAGGAUAUACUGAACAUUGUAGCUUAGAAAACCAUUUAUUCACCCUUAACAGUUUGUAAUCAGAAUGCAAGUGAGGAAUGGAUUAGGUAGAUGUACUUAUGAGGAGUGAAGGCAUCUUACAUGGUUUGGUAAUUAUUAGUGUAUUUGGUGUAUUUCAAUCAAUCUUGGAUGUGUUAGUUUGUAAUGAAUGAUAAAAAUAGGAUUUAUGUUUUCUGAAAUAAUUAUAUGAAUAUACUUUUCUUCACUCAAUUUAAUUAAAUUGUUUAUUGGAGCACAGGCCUCAGAUAAUUGUGGAGAAACACAAAAGUACAUACAGUGUGAAUAUGAAAUUUGUAUACAGUAUAUAUAUAUUGUUUUUAACCAAUGAUCAUUUUUCAGUCUUUCACUGACGUUUCUUGAAGUUAUGUACUUUUUUUUUUUAUUUAUAAACAUAAUUUGUACAGAUGUUGAAUUAGUUCUAAAUAUGUGCAAAAAAAAAACAUACUCUAUCUAAAACUUAUUUGUUAUUGUUGGAAGGUUUGUAUAUGGUUGGUGUAUUUAAAAAUUUGUAACAUGGUGUUCAAUUGAGCUGCCGCCUUAUCUUGUAGUUAUAGUAAGAUUUACUCUAAGGAGUUAAUUAUCUGUAUAUGCAUUUUCUUCUCACUGGAGUUAAUUUGAUUGACUUUGUAUAAAAGUUUGUUAUAUUGGAAACAAUAACAAAAAAAACCUAUUUAACUAUGCAUUUCUGCAAGUCUGCACAUAUUUCUUUUUAAGUGGCCAAACCAUUUUAAAAAAUUGAAGGGUUGGUACAAUAUACAGGUCUCCCUCCAAUUAAAGACCAAUUUUGGGACUGGGGUUUCCAUGGUCUUUAGCAGCCUUGGUCUAUAAUUAAAAAUAAUAAAAAUAAAAAGAAAUUUGUUAAUGUGGGACACAGGAAAGUGGUCUUUAAUUAGAGGGAGACUCUGUAUUACAUGUUGAGCUCCAUGCAGUAUAUAUGUCGCUGGAGAAAGUUGGUGGAAAAUCAAAUUAUAUAAUUAUUUAGUCACCUUUUAAAUGUAUAGAGUGUAACUUGUUGGGUUAAAGGAGGAAUGGAAUGUUCCUCUAAUCCCGACCCUUGGAUAUCGUGAAUAUUGUUCAAACAAAAUUGCAGUGUACACACUUGUGUAUGUGGAACAAGUUUGUUUUACUGGCCCAGUUCUCGUUGAUAAGUUUCACACUUUGGAGAGGUCCACAUACUAAGGUUCUCAUAUUUUGGUACAUUUUAACGGGGUUUUUUUUUGUGUUGAAUAGAUAGAUAAUAGGUUCAGAGGUGAAACCUGUUACCUUUCAGAGUUGAUAAAGAAAUGUUUUCAGUAAAACUCAGUCUUACGGCCUGACAAUUCAAUUGUUGAUUUCAAUGAAUUUUACCAGGUUUUGUGUAACCAUGUCAAUUAUGUACUGUAUAUGCAAAAAUAUAGUAUAUAGGAAAAAAUAUAUGUUUUCUCAACUAUUUAUGAACUUUAUACCACUGAUGGAGGCAUUUCUCCACACCAAAUUUAGUAACAUGUAAUAUAUACCAGUAAAUGUUAAACUGAAUUAGUUGAAUAGAUUGCUAAGUUAUACAAUUAUUAUUUAAAGUGGCUUACAAUUGCAUCAAUGAGGGGUGAAUGUUGCAUUUCCACAGGUAGGAAAAGUUGACACUGGGAUUGGGUGUACGUUGGUAUUACAUAAGAGUUCUAUGCAUUAGAGAUAUGACAUCUUGUGUUAUUUAAUCUUAUGAGAUGUUUAUUUUUGGAUAAUGAGAAAAUACUUCAAAGAAAAGUAUUUCUUGGAUAUUUACCAAAGCUUUGCUAUUAAAACCUGUUCCUUCUGUAAAUUAUAUUGUCACUAGUAUGUAAAUUAGCCUACAACCAAAAAUAUCCGAGACUUGUUGAGAAACGAAGCAGCAAAAUCACUAGGAUGGUUAUCAAGAGUAUCGUAGUUCAUGUAAUAUUCAUUUUGACUCUCAUCGAUAUGUCAGUCCCCCUCACCCUUUCUAAUAGUUUCCCCCUCACCCUUCCUAAUAUUUUAAAUAUCAGUACAGUACUAAAAACUUGAAAUCCCAUCACCUCAUAAUGUUGUGUAAGGCUGCAAACAUCAAAAUUAAACUAAAAAGAAAAAAAAAAUGUAAAACUAAAAUUGUUAUUAAAUAACUUUUUUUUAAAAGAACUCCUGUAUCGCAAUUGUUUUUGGGUUGUUGACAAUGAGAAUGUUGUAUUUCUCAACUUGUUGCAAUGUAACCCACAUUUUUAUAUUUUAUUAAUGGUGGAACAACCUAUUGUAAAAGCAUUAUUGUUGUGGUGAUUUGUGUGUAGUUAAAGCAGGAAGUAAUUUGCAUUUUUGCUUAAUUUUAAUCCUGGAUUUGUAUAAUGGUAUGUAUUGUAUUGAAUUGUCUAUGUAUGGUUGAAGUUUGUAUAAAUUAGAUUAUUAUACAUUAGGCUAUAUUUUAAGUAAUUUAGGCAAUGUAGGAGAUGGGUUGCAAAGCAGGAAAGGAUUUGUCAUUGUAUUGUUUUGAAGUGGAUCACAAUGUGUUAUCUUAAACUCAGUUAAGUCAGGCUACUUUUUUUUUUCUUGAAUGGUGUGUGUGUGCCUAUUUUGUAUUUGUUACAACUUGUUUUGAAGAAAGAACAGUAACUUGGGGAGUUCAUAAUUUCAGACUUUUUUUUUAGCUUGUUGAUAUCAAUGAUUGCAUUGCAUAGUUAUUCAAAUCUGUUUAAAGGGGAGAUUUAUUGUCAUGUUAAAUUCAUAAGAAUUUAUCAGUUGAAUAAAAUAGAAAUUAUAAUGU